CUACCUCUGCGGCCACAGUCUGGAAGUACUGGUUCGGUGGAGGAACCCCUCUUGGCAAUCUAAGACAGCCGAGUGGACAACGUUAUAUAAUGAGAGGUCGACGAAUACCAAUCGCACUACCGAACACUGGCGCACUGUCCCGUAGAAGACACACGCUGUACAUUCGUUCCGCCAUAAUUGUAUUCAUCCUGUUUGCGUUCCUGCAGUUUCAUGUGAUAAACUAUGACUCCUCCGAUAGUGGUUCCAGCGACAGUACCAACUAUUCCACGGCAGCGAUCCUGCAGAUGGUGCCGCCGGUAUUUCACAAGUAUUUGACCGGAAAACCUCGCAACUCCACGCACGGUCAAAAUGGUACACACUUUGGAGGAGAGGGGCCCCGGACGGCCAACAUCAGCGACAUCCUGCGCAUGAUACACCGCUACAAUGACCUGCAGACUGUUCUCAACGAGGACAUCUACGGUCCAUUACAAAAUGAUUCUGUGAUAAUAGUAGUGCAGGUACACAAAAGGAUAACAUACUUACGGCAUUUAAUUGUAAGCUUGGCCCAAGCGAGAGACAUUUCGCGCACAUUGCUCGUCUUCUCACACGACCACUACGACGAUGAUAUCAACGAUCUGGUACAGAGUAUAGACUUUUGUAAGGUAAUGCAGAUUUUCUAUCCCUUCUCCAUACAAACGCACCCGAACGAGUUUCCCGGUGCCGACCCCGGUGACUGCCCGAGGGAUAUUAAAAAAGAACAGGCACUGCUGCGGAAGUGCAACAAUGCGCUCCAUCCCGAUCUGUACGGACACUACCGGGAGGCGAAAUUCACCCAAACCAAACACCACUGGUGGUGGAAGGCGAACCGUGUGUUUGACCAGCUGGAAGUGACCAAGUACCAUACGGGGAUGGUGGUGUUUCUCGAGGAGGAUCACUACGUCGCCGAGGACUUUCUCUACAUCCUCGAACUCAUGUUCCGGAAAUCGCAGGACCUGUGUCCGAAGUGUAACAUCCUAUCGCUAGGCACAUAUCUGAAAACAUUCAACUACUACACGUACAACAAGAAGCGUGCCCAGCAGAACGGCUGGUAUCCGAGAAAGGUAGCAAAAGUGGGCACUGUCUGGGAAGGGCAACAGUCAAUUCCGUUGCACGGUACGAAUACCGACCGAGGACCGUCCGCCUCCCUUUCGGGCGCUUACAGUGUGCUUAGUAGAAGUCAGUUGAAAGAUGCAGAACGCCGAAUACGGGCCGAAACGGUCGAUGUCGGUGCGUUGCUAGAUCGCAAUCGCCACUUCCAAUCGGAUUCGACGGGAUCGAUUCGUGGAACGGUGGAUGCAUUACGGAUGCAUCCCGCUAGCCGUCGGUCACCUCCCGAUCUGCCUGCUUGGUUCGAUCGGCCACAAGACGCACUGAUUGGACAGACACACCACAGCAAUAUUUUCGCAAACAAUGAACGUAACGGUUUUCUGAAUCAUCCUUCCAAUUCAAAACCACUCUCGCUACCCGACAACGUCUGGCAACAACGGCGGCCGCUGCAGCAUCAACAGCAGCAGAAGCUGCUCCAACAGCAGCGCCAAUUGCAGCAGCAACAGCAGCUGAUGCUACAGAAACAGCGGCAACAGCAGCAGGACCGGCAGCAGCAAGAGCAACAGUCGCAACAGCAAUCGCUGCAGACGCAGGGCACCACGGAAAAGUAUGCGUCACAGUCGCAGUGGGGCUACCAGGUGCUACCGACCCUGUACUCGAUCUAUCAGAAGGUUGAAGUGACGCCCUGGAUAAGCAGCAAGCACAACAUGGGCAUGGCGUUUAAUCGUACCACCUGGUACGAUAUAGUACGCUGUGCGCGUCACUUUUGCGAGUAUGACGACUACAACUGGGACUGGUCAUUGCAGCACGUGUCGCAACAAUGCCUAAAACAAAAGCUGCACGUGAUGGUGGUGAAAGGACCGAGAGUUUUCCACAUCGGCGAAUGUGGAGUACAUCAUAAAAAGAGUAACUGCGAGUCGAACCAGGUGAUCUCGAAGGUGCAGCAAGUCCUGAAGGUGGCACGUGGCUCCCAGCAGCUGUUCCCCCGUUCGAUAUCACUCACACAAACCAGUGUGAUUAAGAAGACGAAGCUGCGCAAAGGGAACGGUGGAUGGGGCGAUCAGCGAGAUCAUCAGCUGUGCUUCAACAUGACGCUCGUUGGGCGGUAAUGUUGCGGUGCAACAACCAACCAUACCACUCCUGCAGCUCGUUUCCCUUAGAUAACACGCACAUUCCUUGCUGUCCAUGGGUGCACUACUAGGGACGAUCGUAACACUACAACGACCGUAUAAUGAAUCGAAUCGUUUGCAAGGGAGUCUAGCUCUUACGUUGUAUGUAAGUAGAGUAAUAAACCCGAAACCCCAGCCUCCGUAGCUAAAUAGACAAUGUAAGAAGCAGUCCGUGUGUUUUUUUUUGUAUUCAGGGCUGGAAAAAGGCAAGACCAAAGUUAUGUUUGAGUUGAAUGUUUAUUUUAGAAUAUUAUUUCCACUAGCCAAUUGUUCCACAUUGUUCUUCUUUUGUUUGCCUGCACAGUAAGUCAAUGGCAAUGGGCAGAGUGGUUGAUUUUAAUCGAAUGUUACCAAAAACACAGGCAAAGCGAAGGUAGUAUUAAGCGUAGCGUUAGAUUAGAUGUAAGUGAAAAAGACAGAACCUAAGACUUGGCAACAGGCCAGUAAUGAUCCUGAGCGCUAAAAAUUACGGGAUGCUGCUUUUUAUAGGCAUUUCCUUUAUUUAUUCAAACAUUCUUUGUUCAUGUUGAAGCAUCGACAGCACCUUGUCGUCCAAUAAGUUACUGUGUUGGAAGGUAAAGUAUUUUGCACACGUUUUUUCUAGGAAAAUGCAAACAAAAAUUGCUGUUGGUCUCUUUGAAUGCAUCUCAAACCAAUCCCCAACACUCUAGUCCCGGAUGUUUUCUUUUUUAUUUUGUUUCAUUUUCAAUGGUAUUUUGUUAAAAUUAUUUUCCAAAACGUAUCCGUGUCCACAAGUCAGAACAAUUUUAUUCUUUCCAUGUGAGUAAAAGUAGCAAAAGAAAGAGAAAAUUCGAUUGUUACGGUUGCUGUAAGCCUAACGUUUGCCGAUCAUGUUAAGUGCUAGUGUUGUCAAAUUGUCCCUCUAUUGGCAAUAGUACGUAAGUGUAAUGUUAGGUUUAACGGAAACGAAUACAAUAAACAUUAAGUGAACGGCACAGGCACUCAAAUUAAUAAA